AAGGAAGCGACGACGUCGUUUUAGUGACCGAUUACAAAAACAAAACACUAGGAAUGAAUGUGGACCGUCCGAUGAUUGUUUCCAUCAACAAACACGAACACCAUCUUCUUCUUCCACAGCACAAGAUUCAACUCGAGAAUCUGAUCGACCUAAGAAAUGGCGUCCCUUUCUUGUCCGUCGUCUUUGUCUCUCAUCUCCUCCCAUCGUCUUCACCCUUCUUCGAAGCUCUUCUCUAUCCACUCUUUUCUUCCCUCGAGGCCGAAUUCCAACAAAUUCUUUGUACGAUGCUCAGUCUCCAUCGAGAAGGAGGUCCCAGAAGCCGAGCGUCCCUUCAUCUUCCUCAGGGAGGCGCUGCUCAAUCUUCUCCCUCUUCUUCUUCCGUGAGGGUCCGUUUCGAGUCGAUGAUAAGGGCUGCUCAGGACAGUGUUUGCGAAGCCGUCGAAGGUGGUCCCAAGUUCAAGGAGGAUGUAUGGUCCCGACCCGGCGGAGGCGGUGGGAUCAGCCGUGUCUUGGAAGACGGCAAUGUCUGGGAGAAGGCCGGAGUUAAUGUCUCUGUGGUUUAUGGUGUUAUGCCUCCCGAAGCUUACAGAGCGGCCAAAGCCGCCGCUUCCGACCAGAAGCCCGGCCCUAUUCCCUUCUUCGCCGCCGGUAUCAGCUCGGUCUUGCACCUCACGAACCCUUUUCCCCCCACUCUGCAUUUCAAUUAUCGCUAUCUCGAGACGGAUCCUCCAAAGCAUUCUCCUGGAGCACCGAGGCAAUGGUGGUUCGGCGGUGGGACUGAUCUCACGUCUUCUUACAUCUUCGAGGAGGAUGUCAGGCACUUCCACUCGAUCCAAAAACAAGCCUGCGACAAAUUCGAUCCUUCCUUCUACCCUCAAUUUAAGAAAUGGUGUGAUGACUACUUUUGUAUCAAGCACCGUGAUGAGAGACGAGGGCUUGGAGGGAUAUUUUUCGAUGAUCUAAAUGACUAUGAUCAAGAGAUGCUUCUGGCUUUCGCCACUUGUAAUGGCCAUUUCCUAAAGGACAACCCAUCUUUUAUCAGCUUUCUCCUUAGAGUAUGUAUGUCUUGGGGGCUUUGCAGAAUGUGCAAACUCAGUCGUGCCAGCGUAUAUACCGAUAGUAGAGAAAAGGAAAGACACCCCUUUUGCAGAGCAGCACAAGGCAUGGCAGCAGCUGCGAAGAGGAAAAUACGUCGAAUUCAACUUGGUAUAUGAUCGUGGGAUGACAUUCGGUUUGAAGACAGGAGGGCGAAUAGAGAGCAUUCUCGUCUCUCUUCCUCUGACAGCGAGAUGGGAAUAUGACCAUAAACCCGAAGAGGGGACAGAGGAGUGGAAGCUAUUGGAUGCCUGUAUCCCAAAGGAAUGGAUCUAGCCCGUGUCUCCCGCAACUAACUGUUACCUCGUAUAAUGGCAGAGUAGGUUUAUUCGUUCUAUAGAGUAGUUUACUGAAGAGAGAGAGAGUGUAAUGAAGAAGGGCCAUCAUGCUCUUGCAUGCAACAUGCUUCUGAUUUUUCCAACACGGAAAGGAUCACGUUUGAGAUGUGGAGAUAGAAGAUAGCAGAAGGCAUGAUACUGAAAUAGGAAGGUGAUGAUGAGAUGUUUGUUGUAUAGCGUCAGAGAGAGAGAGAGAGAGAGAGAGAAUGAGUAUCAUGACGUUGUAAGAUCACUGAUACACUCAUUUCAUGUAAGCUUGGUCUCGAAUGAUGCCUGAUACUACCAUCA